AUGUCAUCAUCACAACCAAAAUCUGCAAAAUUUAAAAAAUUCACAAUCGCGAAUCCACGAUUCCAUUACUUAAAGAUUCAAAUAAAUUUUGAUACACCAAUAACAACAACAAAUAUCGUAAUUACAUCAUUAACACUUCGUUCCUUAAUUACAAAAGCGUUAGCUGAUGCUUUUGGAAUAAUCGGAUCUGAUCUAAAUGAAAAUAUGAAAAUGGAGGAAGAAGAUUAUUUUUUUGUUGGGGUAAUAAAAGUUGCCAAAGAUGAUUUAACAACGUUGUGGAAUGCUUUGACUUUAUUCAGUGCAACAUUAAACACUAGUAAUAAUGCCAUCUUAGAAAGAAGUGAAGAAAGUAAAGACAGCGAAGGACAUUAUUAUAAGGAUAUAAGCUUCGGAGUGAUUGGUAGUUCAUCAUAUUUAAUGGGUUUGUCUGGUGAUAGCAGAAGAUGGACUAAAUCUUUUUUGUUAAAGCAAAAUAACAAAAUGAUGUAUUAA